AUGGUGGCGUUUCCGGUGUGCUCGAACGUGACGGGUGUUGAGGAAGGGGACUCCGCGGAUGAGGAGGGGGGGGGCGGCGACGGAAAUGCCUGCAUCCCCUUCGAAGACACCCUGGAUGAGGCCGGGGAGAAGCCCUGCAGAGCCGGAACGCUGGACGGAGGGACCGUUUCCCUUCACCCUGAGGACCCUCCUGGCAGCCAAGUCCUCCCCUACCUUCAAGAUCAGGAAGUAUCCCUCUCGACGAACGUAAGCGCAUCAGGAAGCGUUUUCGCCACGUUCAACACGACCGUCGCCGAUAACAGUGGCACCCUCGACGGCUGGGAUGGUGCCGCCGGGGUGCUGGGCCUAGCUCGGUUCCCCCACACGACCUGCAUGAGCGAUGGGACUGAAGUCAACGGCUCUCUACGGUCAGUAUUCUCGCAGAUGGAGGGCGCAGACUCGGUCUUCGCGCUGGACCUUGGAGACGAGAGCUACAACAGCACCCUCGAGAUCGGCGGAUACAGCGGCUCGUCGAGCGACACGGUCGGUGACGUCCAGUGGGGGCAAAGGCUUACGGCGGCUUUCCCCAGCUCUUGGGGCUUCCCAGCCUUCGACCUUGCCGUCUGCGGUCGGAGCUUGAUGGGUAACAUCACGACCUUCUGGCCCGCGGUGGUGUCGACGGGGUCGGCUUGCUUAGGCCUUCCGCAAGAGUUUUUCGAUAGCCUGAUGUCGUGGCUGCCGGUGGAAGGAGAUUGUCCCGAUCCGGAAAACGGCGGCAUAUGCUCUAUUUCCGCGGAGAAUGCCGCCAUGGAGCUCCCCUCUCUGUCAUUCAGGUUAAGCCAGCACGGGCAGGAACUGUACCUCCCUCUGUCAGCGCUGCUGCUCGACGAAGAUGGAGACCAACCUUCCAACAGCACCAGCACCAGCACCAACGAUGGCGUUGACAGACGACUCUGCGUCACUCGAGAGGCCACCAUUCGCCAGUCCGGGUGGGUCUUCGAGCUGCCCUCCAUGCAGCCAGUGGUGUCCCUAGGCACCCUCCCGCUGAGGUCGCUUUACGCCGUCGUGGACACCGAGAUCGGUCGCGUCGGCCUUGCACAAAAGGGAGAUGUCGGAGAUUCCGCCCUGGGAAACGCCGGCAACAACACGAGCUGCAACGCCGCCGCGGUGUGCGUGGGAAUGCAAAGGUUCCAGGAGUCCUACAACGCGUGCGAAGACCCUUCCUGCUCCUACUAUUAUCUCACGAACCUGGACAAUGAAACCAUGACGUGCAAAUCGACCGGGAUCAUGACGAUCCUGGUAUGGGUGUUUGGGAUGUUUUUCGGCAUAACUGAGAUGGCUGGUCACUUUCUCCGCGCAUACUACGGCGGGACCGGUGUCGGCCUUCGAGGACACGAGCACCACCAGGGGUGGGAGUUCCACACGGGUCGACUCAUAGAGGCGUGUCUUGGGAAGGCGACGCGAUCGGCGGGACUAUCACCGCCUCAUCACGAGCGAACCGACUGAGGACUAACCGCUAACCGGGUUGCUUUGGCUCGGCCAGCACACCAACAGCGUCCUCUAAUUAGCUCUCAACAACACAACAGAGCUCAGCCCCGUAUGUUCCAGAAGCUGGAAUAGUAGUUGUCCCCGACAUAUCGCUGUCCGAGCAGCGCGGUUCCCGAUAUAUGUCGUGGAAAUAAUUCCUUGGCAUAACAACCUAGGCUGCUACCUAAAUCGUUUGUUCAGAGUCCUUGUCCCAGUUGCACAGGUCCCGAUAUAAAACGCGGUGAUUUUUGUCUUUCACUACACCGCGAUGUAUCGGGACCCCUGCUGUAUCGAAUUAUGCAGUUGGUACCAUAUAGAUGUUCGUGCCUGCGUCCAUUCCGCGGAAAGACCCGCUUCGCGAUAAAAAUAGUAUUUAUGGGUUCCUUCUCAGCCUUAACAUUGUCAGGGUCCCUGUGGCUGAGGCUCUAUAUAUUUAGCGGGUGGGGGUAAGGUUAUUAUAGUGAAAUUCGCCUGGCUCGAAAGACUUUGACUUGAGUUGGUUCUAUGAGGCUUUGUUGUGUGCCUGUUGGACUUCGGAGUUCAUUCCCCGCCUCUGGUGGCGUGUGUCUCUCUUUCUGUGGCUGUGCGGCUUGGGGCAAGAAAGAAGCUGCUACAUAUGCAAGUGCGAAAAGAAAUAUACAAGGGUC